AUGGACUUAGUGACCUCACUGCAGUCAAAUACGACUGUCUUCACGCCAUUCCGGUUCCUCGAUUUGCCUGUUGAACUUCGAGUCAUGGUGUAUGACGAGCUAGUGAUUGUUGGCAAGGUCUUCUAUACACCCGACACGUACGCUGUCGAAAACGAGGAGCGCUUCGAGGACUGGGAGUCUUAUCGAGCUCCGUCUUUGGCUAUCCUCCGCACUUGCAAGCAGGUUCAUGGCGAGGCUGAGGAAGUCUACCUAGCCAACAACUUAUUUGUACUACCGGAUGAAAGCACGAAAAGACAACCAUUUGCAGGAUCAGGUCUUUGCCACAACACUAAGAGCGUGGAUAUCACCCGCACGCAUGUACCCUUCCCAGAUCGGUGGCUCUUCUCAGCUUCAGCUCCCCGUCUGAUCAAGAGUAUCAGCAUGGGCUUCAGUUGGCGCUCUAUCAAAGGCUUUCCCGUUCUCGAUCGUUCCACUUGGAAAAAGGAGGCCGAUUUCGACAGCCUAGCUCCCGCGGCUCGUCUUCAAAUUGCGCAUGAGAGAGCUCUGAGUUAUCUGAACGGUGAUUUGGAUGGUUACAUCGAGGACCUUUAUCGUUUCUUCAAAUACGGUGGGGGCCCAGAGUUUAAGCGUAUGAACUACCUAGAGUUUGAUUUGACGAAUGCGUUCUGUCCGACAGGAUGCUGUCGUAUGGCGGAGCAAAAUUGGGCGCCGAUGAUGUUUCUUGGACCGAGGAAGACAGGUUUUCUGGGGGUGCGGAACGAGCAAGAAGCGGACAUCAUCAUGGUUGAGGUAUACGACACCGUCCACGGCAAUUAUGGUGCACUGCACGAGGAUUACGAAGGAAAGCUCGAAGUGGAUAUGGAGGGGAUUGAAGAGCUGUUUGGAAUUGUUUUCAACCCAGACAAGACGCACUGGGAGCAAUGGAAGGUUGAGACUAAGUAA